CAUUAUAAGCUACAAGAAAAUCACUGUAUCAUCUUAAAUUCCUUCCUCUGCAAGGUUUAUAUUUCAUAUUUUAUUGUAAGAAUGGAAUAACUGUGUUUUUUUUUCUGAAAGCAGCAGAGGACAACUGAUAUAAAGGAUCAGACAAUAUUACAGAAUCCAGGCGAUAUCUACAGGUUAUACCGUUUCCAGACACAAAGAUGUGAUGUAAAAGAAUGGAGAGUGACAUAAAUCUAUAAAAUUUGAACAAGGAAUCAAGGAGUAUAUGUAUGCUUUGGACAUCAUCGUAAGCAAUGCAAUGGAUAGAGGAUUUAUUUGAGGAUUAGCAAACACAUCACAAGGAAGUGGUUUGUGUUACAGACAAAUAAAGGAUACCUCCCAAUAUGUUUGGUCUUUAAUGCUACAAAAUAUAUCACAGAGCAGAAUGGCCUCCACAGGAACAGAAAGUUGGUAUUAUGAAACUCUAUCUUAUGAUAUUUAUAGUGGGACUGAAAACAACAGUUUAUCAAAUGGAUCAGAAGAAGAGCCGACUAUUGACCCUUUCUACUUUCCUCAACCAAGUGCAAUACAUUCUGUAGUCGACCUUGUGCUCAUGUCCGUUUUCCUUGUCAUUGGAACAGUUGGCAACAUGUUGGUGAUUCUAGUGUAUCUGAGAAACACCAAACGGAAGCAGUCAACAGCAAAUCACUUUCUUUGUAGCUUAGCCAUAACUGAUUUCACAGUCUGUAUCAUUGUUGUGCCAAUGCAUAUAUAUUUUGAGAUCAUGGCAAUGCAUCGUAGAAUCACAGCUUCUGAGUGUAAGGCCAUAAUGGUGAUCUGGCAUCAAACUCUGAUCUGUUCAUCAUGGAUCCUAGUUGGGAUCUCCAUCGAUCGCUUCUACUCCCUCUGCCGACCCUUCGACAUGCGCAUACACUCCAGGAUGGUGCGGAAGAUCAUCAUCUGCAUCUGGGUCAUGUCCGUCCUUGUAGCGUUCCCAGCGGUGUUCUACUACGGCGCUUCAGGGUGUCGGUUCACCGUGAAGGUAGGUUCUCCGAUGAGGAUCUUCCUUGCCAUAGGCCAGGCGUCUAUCACGCUCAUCCUACCAUUAACUGUCAUAGGAAUGAACUACCUCCGUAUCUUCUCUGUCCUAUCAAAACGAAACCGCCAUGCGCAGCACCAACUUGGACGGUGUAGGGUCAUGAACCAGACACGCUUGAUUGUCGCCAAACGUCUACUUCUGGUCAUUGCUGUUUUUAUCAUAUGCUGGUUACCGAGGACCAUCCUUGAAAUAUAUCACAGUUUUGUGCACGAGGACCCACAAGUCAUGAAGGUGCUGAUUGUGUAUAUUUGCAGGAAUAUUCUACCGUAUCUCAACUCGGUUUUAAAUCCACUUCUUUAUUCUAUGAUAAAUCCCAGUUUUCGGCACGAGUGUUGGGAUAUUCUCUGCUGCAGAUACAACAGGAGGAGACUUUUGAGAGCGAACAGCAUUAAAAAUGGAAGUGCUUCUAGGAGAACAUUCAACAGACAAUCAAGUUAUAAUGAUGUGUGGUUAUAGAAGUAGCAGUACUAUCAAAAGGCAUUUAACAUGACAAAUUCUUAUGAAUUCUGCCAUAUGUAUGUUUUCCCCCAAGUAAUUAGGGUUUGAGUAGUUGUUCCUAUUCAUUUCUGAUUUCUCCAAGGCCCAUGCAACUUCAGUACCCCCCUACACUUUUUUAUUUCUCUUUUAUAUUUUAAUCCCUUUCUAGUUUGCAAUCAUAAAAAUAUAUUACAAGUCAAGAUAAUACAACUUAAAAACCUUGACUUCUUCUGGAUUCUGUAAUUUCAAUGACAAAGUUCUAAUAAAAGAAAUGUAUAACUACAAUUACGAAUAUUGGCAACCUAUCGUUUCUUUUGUUCUUGUAGACAAAAGGUUCAAAUUAUUUUUCAUCUCAUUUUUUCUUUCUUCCUCCUC